AUGGAAGGACCAACUUUUGAGGAAUUUAAAGAUUGUGCUAUCACUUUAGCGGGUCUUGUGGGUUUACAGUUGCCAUGCCUUGUUUCUCGAGUAUCACCAAAGUCCCCGCUUGCUCAACUUCAGUAUCUUGGUUUCCCCUUCAACAUGUCUGCGGUGACCUUGAACAGGCACUUUUCUUUCUCGCCCGAAAAUCUCAAUCAAGGACGUUAUCACACGGUCGUCACUAAUCUUUUUCAUCAUGCCGGUAAGGCUGAGUGUCAUUUAGCUACAGAUAGUAGCAGGCCGUGAUAUCAACUCGCUUAUUCGCCGAUCAAUUCAAAACUUCAACAUCCCCGAGCAGGGUGGGCGUAAUGUUGAAGUUUCGAAUCAGUUGAUCGGUGCAUUAUUAAAUAGAUCAUGGCAAAUAAUUUAUCAAUUAAUCAGGGCCAAUAUUUUAAGGAUGUUGUAAUUAUCCAAGUAUCAGAUGGAGCAUGUUUAGCAGGAAGAAAAUACUUGCGGUUGUGAGCUUAGAAAAGAGUCUAAAUUGACUUCAUCAAAAGUGUGAGGGCCAAGGGAGGUAUCAGUGGGGUCAAAAAUUAAAACCAAAAAGGUCCUUGAAAUUGGAAGUGAAACCCAAACUUUCCCGUGAACCUUAAUUACAGCGAAAUCUGUUGUAUUGCGCUACGCGUAUUGCAAACUUCAAAGCGAUUUUGGGUUUUCUGUUCCGUCAAUCAUUUUAGUGAAGGCAGGGUUAAUACAAAUCACAAUAACAUGCUUUCCCAGCUUGGCUGAGAAUGACUGUACACUGUUCAAGAAUAGCAAAGGAAAUUGUGAUGGUGAGCAGAUUUUUCGUCAAAGGAAGGAGGCAGAUGUUGCUUUACUCUUGCAAGUGACAAGAAUAAGAAAGAUCAGAAAAAUCUGCGAAGCAAACUUAACUAGUCGAUUAUUGCCCAAAACAGGACGAUCACAACUUAAGCAACGAACCUUGAACACAAAACAAACAAAAUGGAUCAAAAUCCACCAAUCACGAAUCACAAACCAUGAUCUUUUGAACUGGAACAAGUAAACAUGUGUUUCCUAAGAGGUCCACUAGGAUGAUUGAUGGAACAAAAACCCAAAAAUCCUUCGAAGUUUGCAAAACGCACGGCGCGAUACAAUGAAUUUCGCCAUAAACCUAAGAAAUUCCCAUUCUAAAUUUCAAGAAUGAUCUCAUCAACAUUGGGACUUGAAUCCAAGGCACACUGAUGGGAGGUGAGAUGCUCUCACCACUGCGUCACCCUUACUCUGAUUAUCAGAAUGUCCACUAAGGUCUGGUUCAAUUGUCAUUAUCCUAUUAACAGUAAAUUAAGUUUGAAAUUGGCAUGAUGUCAUGCCAAGUAGUUAAGAGUUGGCUUGCAAGCUAGGAUUCAUACCUUGCACUGAACUCAAUAAUGUUAUUGUCAAAAUUUAUUUGCAAUGAGCCAUCGUAUAUAAUAAUACAUGAUAAAUUGUCAUCUUGUAGUUAGCACAAAUUAUACUAAGUUUGGUGUUUGAAUCAACUGUAUAUUAACCACAUUUUGUCUCGAGCUUAUUUUAAUAUUUUUUUGAGUUUGGUACAAUGAUAGCACAUUAUUUUGUACCAGGCCUCACAGGAAUGAAAAAUACAGUUUAUGGAAAGUUCAAAAAAUUAUUAUUCAACUUUUGUCAAGGUGGCCUUACUGAUUGCUUAUGAAAUUGUCCUUGAACAGACCAGCUUUGACCAUUGUUAAUACCACUAUAUCUUUCACAGAUGAACAACAUCUUAUGAGCAACUUGGGGGUACUCUUACCAGAUGGAUAUCGCAUCCACAGGAGAUUUGGUCGCAUGCACUUGUUAGGUUUAUUUCUUGGGGGAGGAGUGGCAGGAAAUCUUUCUCAACUUUGUUUUUACAUUUUUCAUCAAAUGAGAUGGGACAAUUUUCUACCAUCUCCAAAGUCAUGGGGAAUUCUUGGAGAUUAUUUUGGAAGUAAAGCUGAAGCCAUUCAGACUAUGGCAAUGGAUAAAAUCUACACUUCGGUGUAUGGGAAUGCUCUGUGCAUCGGUGCUAGUGCUGCAGUGUGCUCAAUAAUUGCUGUUGAAACUUGUGCCAAUGUUGUUUCAUUAUAUGAUAAGUACAUGGAACUGAGGAGAAGACGAAGGAUGGGAAGAGCCAAUCAAGAGUGGGACACUCGCGUAAUGCAGCAAGUAAUAUAUGAAGUGUGCCAUUUAGGACUGGUAGUUGGAAUCGUAAUCAAUGAUUUGUUGCCCCUACUUGCUAGUGCAGAGUCUGGCAAAGGAAUUAUUGAUUCUCUUAUGGCUUAUCAGACACAUGGAAUUGGUCAUGCAGCACACCUUGGUGGUUUCGUAUUUGGUGUUAUUUAUUAUAUAGCUAUGUUGUCAGGUUACAGAGGGCUGUUUUUCAGGUGA